AGCCGACUUCCGGAGAUGUCUCGUGAUCUUAGCCGCCGAGGCGCCAAACGAUUCAACCACCAAUGAUCCGCUGAGUGUUUAUCUCAACACAGACUCUUUCUUGGAAGGGCCAACACUAAAAUGUGGGCAGACUAGUCAUUAAAAGAGGAGCGCACAAUAUUGCUCAUCGCCUAGUCUAAUUUGGCGUCAGCUGAAGCUUCUGAGAGCGAGUUAACCGAGCGUAUCGUUAUCGUGCUGAUAAACAUACUCCCGGAUGGGAAGCUGACAGCGAGCGCCGGGAGCGGGCAAUGACCCAUGGCUAUCUCGCUAGCUGUACGGGACGACAAAAUGGUAUAACGAACUCGACUCUUAUCUGAACGGAUUGGUAGAUAACAGCAUGUUUUGAUGAUACUUAGGCGUAGGAAUCUGUCCAUAAUGGCGACCUUGCCUCUGAGCUACAAAUGCAAUUAACAACCUAAAUAUUGUUUAUUCGCAAUUGCCAUAGUUAGCUGACACCAUGACUUCUUCGCUUGAUAUGGACAUACAUUCAUGGCCCCCAGGCACAGUCCUGCUCGAAGAACAACGAACUCAGGAUGCGGACCUUUUCCUCCAGCCCCAACCCUCUGAGGACCCUAAUGAACCUUUAAACUGGGGGAGCCUCCGGAAGCAUGUUAAUUUCGGCUUGACCUGUCUCUACUCGCUGCUCAUAACCGAGUUUCUAUGCGCUGCUACACCAACCUGGGGCCCGAUGCACGAUGAGCUUGGCUUUAGUUGGGAUAUUCUAUUUGACAGUUACGCCAUAGGGUGUGGCUUCCUGGGUAUCGGAGCCGUGCUCCUGACCCCGUUCGCACUCAAAUUCGGGCGGCGAUCACUGUACCUCCUCAGUAUAGUGGUCACCUUCUGCGUCAGCAUCUGGAGCGCCAAGAUGAGCACAGUUGCCGACAUCCUGCUCAUCAACGCAAUUUCAUGUCUAUUUGGAGCGCUCUCCGAAGUUAUUAUCCAAAUGACUGUCGUGGACAUCUUCUUUGUUCAUCAACGUGGACGUAUGAAUGCGAUAUUCAUCUGGACAGUCCAGAUCGGGGCAUCCUUGGGCCCCCUAGCAGCUGGUUACGUGACAGUCUCGCAGGGCUGGCGUUGGGUAUGGUGGUGGAAUGUGGUCUUUUUUGGUAUCUGUAUUAUUCUUUUCGCCUUUUUUUACGAAGAGACCAAGUAUAUUCCUCACGUCCUUGGCACAAAUAACGAGGGUGAUGCGGUGGUGUCUCAGACAACACAACGAAAGGGAGACACAGAAAUCAAAUGCACCAACACGACCUCAGUUUCGUGCGCCGUAGAGGAUCCAAAAGCAGAUUAUCACCCACAACCCAAAACCAGCAUAGUCAUAAAUCCCAACAUUCCUAUGCGCAGCUAUCGUCAGCGCCUCUCGCUUGCUACUUCCUUGCCAGGAGAGUGGAAAGCCUUUGCCCGCCACGCUUGGCAACCGUUCAUAAUCCUCGUUACUUUCCCGGGUGUACUCUUUGUCGCCCUUGUCUACGGCAUUCUGAUAGCGCUACAGAACGCUCUGAGCACCACCAUGUCCAGUCUCAUGACAGAGCCCCCGUACAAUUUCUCUGCUAACCAGAUCGGCCUCAUGAACCUACCACUGUUCAUCGGCGUGACGAUCGGAUCCCUGCUCGUCGGCCCUCUCAGCGAUCGCUGGAUCGUUUUGUGCGCCCGUCGAAACGGCGGUAUCUACGAGCCUGAAAGCCGCCUGUGGUUAAUCCUUCCAUGGAUUCCCAUCCUGCUAGCUGGGGCCCUGACUUUUGGGUUUGGCAUUGAACAGGGUUUACCGUGGCCCGUAAUCGCGGUAGGUAUCGUCCUUUGUUCAGCAGGAGUCGCGCCUAUCAAUAUCAUUGCUUUGACAUAUGUUACUGAUUCUUAUAAUGAUAUCGUUGGUGAUGCACUGGUAGGCAUCACUUUUAUACGUAAUGCGGUCAAUACAGGUAUUAUCUUCGCCCUCACCCCUUGGUUUGCGGCGAUAGGCGUCCAAUAUGUGAUCUUAACGUUAGCACUUAUUGCAACCUUGAUCUUGUCCUUUGUGAUGGUUUUUUUGAAAUGGGGCAAGCGUUUCCGAGAACAAACAUCAGUCAGGUAUAAGAAGUUUUCGUUCAAGUAGACAACUCAAGGCGCAUAAUAGGCUUAUAUUGUCUAUAAAGGUACCGAAUUCUUCUAUAUUG